GUCAAAAGUAAAACCUCACAAUACACUUUAAACUACAAAUCAAAACAAUGGCCUCUCUAUUCUCUUCAGUUCUCUUGUCUCUUUGUUUACUCUCUUCACUUUUUCUCUCAAAUGCAAACGCUAAGCCAAAACUAGGCUUCACCGCGGAUCUAAUCCACCGUGAUUCUCCUAAAUCGCCGUUCUAUAACCCGAUGGAAACCUCUUCCCAGCGUCUACGAAACGCGAUCCACCGAUCCGUUAACCGUGUUUUCCAUUUCACUGAAAAGGAUAACACACCACAACCACAGAUUGACCUCACCUCAAAUAGCGGUGAAUAUCUCAUGAACGUAUCCAUUGGAACACCUCCUUUCCCGAUCAUGGCCAUCGCCGACACCGGAAGUGAUCUCCUCUGGACGCAGUGCGCACCAUGCGAUGAUUGUUACACUCAAGUUGAUCCUCUCUUUGACCCUAAAACGUCUUCCACAUACAAAGACGUUUCUUGCUCCUCAAGUCAAUGUACUGCCCUAGAAAAUCAAGCCUCUUGUUCCACAAAUGACAACACUUGUUCUUACUCAUUGUCUUACGGGGAUAACUCAUACACAAAGGGUAACAUCGCCGUGGAUACCUUAACGCUCGGCUCCAGCGAUACCCGCCCUAUGCAGCUUAAGAAUAUUAUUAUCGGUUGUGGUCACAACAACGCUGGAACGUUUAACAAGAAAGGCUCUGGAAUCGUCGGACUAGGUGGUGGUCCGGUUUCGCUUAUCAAGCAACUUGGCGACUCCAUCGACGGUAAAUUCUCAUACUGCUUGGUUCCUCUAACUUCCAAAAAGGAUCAAACGAGUAAAAUCAACUUCGGAACCAAUGCCAUCGUGUCGGGAUCAGGAGUUGUCUCAACUCCUCUGAUCGCAAAGGCGUCUCAAGAGACCUUCUAUUACCUAACCCUAAAAUCCAUUAGCGUGGGAAGCAAGCAAAUCCAAUACUCAGGCUCAGAUUCUGAAAGCAGCGAGGGAAACAUCAUCAUCGAUUCAGGCACAACUUUAACGUUAUUACCGACUGAAUUUUACUCCGAGCUCGAGGAUGCGGUUGCAUCCUCUAUCGAUGCUGAGAAGAAGCAAGAUCCACAAAGCGGUUUGAGUCUAUGUUACAGUGCAACCGGAGAUCUAAAAGUUCCAGUCAUUACUAUGCAUUUUGAUGGAGCCGAUGUGAAGCUUGACUCCUCCAAUGCCUUUGUACAAGUCUCGGAGGAUUUGGUUUGCUUUGCCUUCCGCGGAAGCCCGAGUUUCUCCAUAUACGGUAAUGUGGCGCAGAUGAACUUUCUUGUUGGAUACGACACUGUUUCCAAAACGGUGUCAUUUAAGCCAACAGAUUGUGCAAAGAUGUAGUUGUUUCAUCUCAACAUGUUUUUCAAAAUUGUGUUUUCAAUUACAAUAAUGGCUGAUUUAGUUUCAGCCUUAGUUCUUUUGAAUUUUUCUAAUUCACAUGUAGUAGUCUAUCUUUUCAAGGGAGAGUUAAAUUCUCGACCUUUUGUUCUUUUGGUGAUGCUUUGUAUUUCCUUGAAUUUUCAAUCACAAUUAAAAUCAUGAAAACCUUAUCUCCGG